CUUGUCGGAUCAGACGCCCUCACCAGUGUUCAAUCUUAUCCUUCUUUCCCUGUUUCCCAGAUUGCAGAUGCUGUUGCGCAUGCGCGCGACAGCGGUACCCGUGUGAUCAUUGAUCUUCAAGCUCCGGGCAAGGUGCCAGUUGUGCCGGCCCUCCCAGAUCCUGCCCCUCUGCCUGCGGAGAAUACCUAUAUCCUGGUCGGUGGGCUCGGCACUCUCGGGAUUGCAAUAGCCGAUACCCUUGUCAUCUGCGGCGCCCGUCAUCUCGUCUUCUUGAGCCGCUCUGGGGCUGUUCGAGAGAUACAGCAGGUUGCACUGAAGGAGCUUCAAGACCGAGGUGUGCGUGCUGAUGUUGUGCAAUGCAACGCUGCCAGCCGGGUUGAGGUGCAAGGUUUGUUGACCCGAGCUGCAGAAAGUCGCUGGCGCAUUCGUGGUAUCGUACAAUGUGCAACUGUUCUCAAGGACGGUAUGUUCGAGCACAUGGACUUCGACGCGUGGAAGCAAUCCACCGAGCCGAAGAUCCAAGGGACAUGGAAUCUCCACGAGGCGUUCUCCUCCACCCCGCUAGACUUCUUCGUGACACUGUCAUCGGUAGCCAGCAUAACCGGAAACAUGGGCCAGGCCAACUACGCAGCCGGAAACGGGUACAUGGACGCGCUGAUGACCUGGCGACGCAAGCACCACCUACCAGGACACAGCAUCAACAUCGGCCUAGUCCCAGACGCCAGCGGACUGGGCGACGUAGCCGAAACGCCCGAACAGCGACGCCAGCGAUACCGACACCUAGAGGGUACCGAGAUUCUGCAACAUGAGGUGCAAACUCUGCUUCGCGUGAUCGUCCAGAAAAUCACCCCAGUCCCGGCACAGGUCAUCGCCGGACUAACAGACACGCUACCACGCACCGACGGGGCAGCUUCGUGGCAAUUCGAUCGCAAAUUCGAUCACCGGAUUCAGGUUGUUGCUGAUGAGGAUGCAGGAGCUGGGGUGGCCAAGACCAGCACGUUGUUGAAGAAGGCGGAGUCCGUGGACGAGGCGGUGCGCGUCGUGAAUCAGGCACUGCAGGAGUAUUUGGCCAGGGCGAUGGCGUCGUCGGCGGAGGCUAUCGAUUUGGAGUUGCCUUUUUCGGCAUUGGGUGUUGACUCGCUCAAGGCUGCGGAGGUUCAGAACUGGGUCAGUCGUGAAAUGGGCGCAGAGUUAUCCUCGUUUGAGUUUAUUGGGGCACAGCCGGUGAGAGUGUUGGCGGAGAAGAUUGCCACGCUGAGUUCGUUUGUUACUGUUACGUAG